AUGUGUAAACAUAUUUUAAAUGUCUAAGUAUCAAUUAGAGCACCAUGUUGCAAAAAAUGGUUUGAUUGUGCAGAAUGUCAUAAUGAAUCAUAGGAUCAUGAACUUAAAAAAGCUCUAGAAAUGAUAUUUGCAUGCAAAGCUUGUAAAAAAUGCUUCAGAAAAGAUUUAAAAGACUUUGAUGAGUCAGAUGAAUUUUGCCCUCAUUGCGAUAACCAUUAUAUAAUUGAUGCUGUUACAAAGGAAGUUAGAGAUUCUUGAUUUAUAUUAAAAAAUAUACAUAUAUAAUAUAUUAAUUAAUGGUUUUUUUUAUAAUGUUAUAUGUUUAGUACUUAUCUUUUUGUAAAGAUUUUUGA